GCAUACUCUCUCUAUACAAAGCCUAUCCAGAAGUCUCCUCAGGAUGACAGAGAUUACAGACUCAUCCGACUAGACAAUGGUUUGCAGGCAAUGUUGGUUCAAGAUAUCAAGGCAGACAAGUCUGCCGCAAGCUUGGAUGUAGCUGUUGGACAUCUGGACGAUCCUGUUGACAUGCCUGGUCUUGCGCACUUCUGUGAACAUCUGUUGUUCAUGGGGACCGAACAAUUCCCGAAGGAAAAUGAAUAUUCUGAGUAUUUGUCGAAAAACAAUGGAUCGUCAAACGCAUUUACAGCCUCGCAUAACACAAAUUACUAUUUCAACGUCGCCACGCCGAUGCUGCAAGGCGCCCUCGAACGCUUUUCUGCAUUCUUCCACAGCCCGCUUUUCUCUCCGUCCUGCACUAUGCGAGAGCUCAACGCCGUCGACUCCGAGAAUAAGAAGAACUUGCAAAAUGACAUGUGGCGCAUCUUCCAGUUGAACAAAUACCUCACCAAACCUGGUCAUCCGUGGAGCAAAUUCGGUACCGGCAACAAAGAGAGCUUGACGCAAGCAGGUAAGGAUGCCAAAGCCAAGGGUUUACUCAACGGCGCGAAUGGCAAAAAAAGUGUCACUGGUAACACUCUUGCGCCGUCCCCAAUCCCGUCUCGCGUUGCAUCACCUGCCCUAUCCACAAAUUCUGCGACCAGUGAAACGGAAGCGGACGGUGGCUUUGUCGGACAGGAGACCCGUCGUAGGCUCAUUGAGUGGUGGACCAAAGAAUAUUGUGCUGGCCGCAUGAGAGUUUGCGUAUUAGGCAAGGAAUCUCUGGAUGAGCUCUCGGAGAUGGUUGUCGACCUGUUUUCUCCAAUCAAGAAUAACGGACGGGACCCAUUACCUAUGAUUCAAGAUCACCCUUUCGGUACGAAUGAGAAAGGCAAACUGAUAUCUGUUCAAACUGUCAUGGACUUUCAUGCAAUAGAGAUAUCGUUCCCGUUCCAAUAUCAACCUCCAUUAUGGCGCCACAAGCCUGGACAGCUUCUCGCUGAUCUUGUAGGACAUGAAGGGCCGGGAUCUCUACAUUCGUACCUGAAGAACAAAGGCUGGGUUACUGCUAUCCAUAGCGGACCUCAAGAGCUUGGUCGAGGGUUUGAGAUGUUCAAAAUCACGCUGUAUUUGACUGAAGAUGGCUUCAAAAACCACAGGGCAUGUGCACUUGCGGCAUUCAACUACCUUUCUUUAUUACGCUCACAGCCACUUCCUGCAUGGUUCCAACGAGAACGAAGUCUCAUCUCCAACAUCCGUUUCCGUUUCCUAGAAAAACGGCGCCCCGACAACUUUGCAGUAUCAGUUUCUGAGCAUCUCGCAUGUCCUAUACCUCGCGACCUGACCAUCAAAGCGGCUCAUGUUGUUUGGGAAUGGGAUGCUGAAGGCGAGGCAGAAAAGAAAGCGCAGCAAGCGUUAGAGGGUCUGAGAGUCGGAGAAGGUCGCGCUGUAUUGAUGGCGAAGAAAGAAGAUCAUGAGCGUAUCACAGGAAAGAAGGAGUGGCAGAAAGAGCCAUGGUAUGGAACGGAGUUUAGAGUUGAGAACUUCGACGAAGAGUUUGUCAAAUUGGCUGAAGGCCCUAAUGUCGUCCCAGAACUGCACCUCCCGCGACUGAAUGAUUUUAUACCGCAAAAUUUGGACGUCGACAAGCGAGAAGUUGCCGAACCACAGCCACGCCCUCACCUCGUUCGCGAGACUGCUCUUUCGAGUUUAUGGCAUAAGAAAGAUGACCGCUUCUGGGUCCCAAAAGCCUAUGUCAUGGUGGAUAUUCGGACCCCUGUAGCAAACGAAUCACCCUUGGCAUCCGUCUUGACCCGCAUCUACGCCGAGCUUGUGACCGAUUCACUCUCCGAGUAUGCGUACGCCGCAGAGUUGGCUGGCCUGGGUUCCAAUGUCGCAGUAUCGACACUUGGCAUAUAUGUUUCCGUCAGCGGUUACAAUGAUAAAUUGCACGUCCUCCUGCGGGAUGUCCUAGAACGACUGAAGAAUGUCCAAAUCAAGGCGGAUAGGUUAGAAGUCAUGAAGGAACAGGCAAAAAGGGAGUGGCAAAACUUUUUCCUCGGACAGAGUUACCGUGUUUCGGACUACUUCACUCGUUACCUGAUGAUUGAGCAGCAAUGGACGAUAGCAGAGAAGCUGCAAGUCAUCGAUUCUGUUACUGUCGAGCAGGUAGAAGAGCAUAUGAAGAAGCUUCUAUCAAGAACCUACUCUCGAAUCCUGGUCGAAGGUAACAUAUAUAAAGAUGAGGCUGCUGACCUCGCAAAGAUGUCAGAAGACAUCAUCAGCUCGUCGCCGAUGCCUCCGUCUGAGAUGGUCGACUUGUCACUUCAGUUACCCGAAGGCUCCAACUACGUUUGGUCGAUACCGGUUCCAAACCCGAACGAACCGAACUCUUCCCUCAGCUAUUACGUGCACUUUGGACCGCUGAUUGACCCGCGUCUCCGGGUCGUUUCCGUGCUCCUGACACAGAUCCUCUCUGAGCCCGCUUUCAACAUCUUGCGUACCAAGGAGCAACUGGGCUACAUCGUCUCGGCAUCGCAAUGGGUCGCGCCUGGCGCGAACGAAUCAGGUCUGCGCAUCGUUGUUCAGAGCGAGAGAGGUCCCGUAUAUUUGGAAGAGCGCAUCGAAGCGUUUUUGGAACACAUGAAGGGUGUGAUCGAGGCGAUGAGCGAGGACGAAUUCUUAGAACAGAAAGCAGGGCUCGAGCGACGAUGGACGGAGGCCCCGAAGAACCUGUCAGAGGAGGUAAACAGACAUUGGGCCCAUAUCGAUUCCGGAUACCUUGACUUCCUCCGCCGCUCUAAGGACGUCGCUGAGCUGGCGACUGUCACAAAGGACGAAGUCCUCGCGAUCUUCCUGUCGCAUGUUCAUCCGUCAUCCACAACACGGUCCAAACUCUCCGUCCACAGCCGCUCUCAGCAACCGCGGCCGAAGCACGUCAGCAUCGCCGCGGCCGAGGCGUUCGAGCGCCUCGUGCAAGAGGCAGGUAUUGCUGUGGACGGGAUCAGCUGGAGAGAGGACUUCGCGGCCGACGCCGAGCCCCUUGCCAGCGACUUCACGAAGCACUGGGAAGGGGAGGCGGUGGAGAAACUGCUUGUGGCACUGCCCGAGCUUUUGGAGAUGCACCCUGCCCGCGCGGACUCGGAGGGUGCGUUGAGAGACGGCGUGAUUCAUAUCGAGGAUCCGAAAGCGUUCAGGGCAUCGUUGAAGGUGUCUGAACCCCCGAAACCACUGGUAGAAUGGGGUGACUUGCCCACGUCUAGAUUCUGAUGUUCUGAAUCGCCGUUGGGGUCGCUACCUAGUAUAAUAUCAUAUACACAGAGCACUUGUAUCAUCUACUCGUCAUCCUCCUUCACUGAUAUACUGAGCCUUCGGUCUUGAGUUCCAUACAAUCAUAUCAUAUCGUCUCGUUUCGCCGUGUU